ACAUUAUGUGAAUUGUCUCACAAAAGAGCUGGAAAAUAAACCUUUCUAAAGCAAUCAGCAAAAAUAUUUCAGUAAACGUUUUAAAACGUUAUUCCCAGGGUAUCGGGAGAAAAAAAAAUUCCCUUUAUUCGGUUUUAAUUUUUAUAAUAAUAUAUGUUCAAUAGGUAAAUUAUGAGAGGUUGAGACGAUGUUUAAAGCUAAAUUAGCCGCCCCACACAAUUUUUUUAAUGGGCUCCGAAAUCAUAGAAACCUUUGGGUACUAUUUACUGUAUUCUGAUUGGACAGUUUAAUUUCGUAUUGGUAGUUCAUUGGACAGAGGAACAAUAAGGUUCGUUUAAAAAAAAAAACACAACCAACAACCCUUCGCCCGCUGUUUUCAUUCUGGUCGGUCUCUAUGCAAUAUAAGCUGAGGGAUUCGUACGCCAACUGCAUUUCUUUUGCUGCAAGCGAGGUUGGUUGGUACGUGAAGAGAAGCAUGUCUGGACGUGGAAAAGGCGGCAAAGGGCUCGGAAAAGGGGGCGCUAAGAGGCACCGGAAAGUGCUCCGCGACAACAUCCAAGGCAUUACCAAGCCUGCUAUUCGUCGUUUGGCUCGCCGUGGGGGAGUAAAGCGUAUUUCUGGCUUGAUUUACGAAGAAACUAGGGGCGUACUGAAGGUUUUCCUGGAAAACGUUAUUCGCGAUGCUGUGACCUACACCGAGCAUGCAAAGCGAAAGACUGUGACUGCGAUGGACGUUGUUUAUGCCUUGAAACGCCAGGGUCGUACUCUGUAUGGCUUCGGGGGCUAAAAGUUGAAUUAACCGAAUAAAAAACCCAAAGGUCCUUUUCAGGGCCGCCAAAUAUUUCAGAAAAAUUUGCUGAGUUGCUUGCUGAUUUUUUUAAGCAGAAUUUUGCUAUAAACAUUCGAAUCUUAAACUAUCGUGAAUGCAUGCAUGCAUGAGACUUUAAAUCCAGUUUGCUAGCAAAUUUUGAGGAACAAUUCCUGUAGGGUUUUUUUAAUCCAAGAUUUUCUGAAAUAGGUUGCUAUUAUUUUCCUUUAAAUGGGGUUGUGAGAAACUACAUCUCAGGUGACCCAGCUGCUUGAGGCAGAGUUCAUAACUUCUGGCUUUGUAUCCUUGGAGUUUCAACCCCUGUUUCAAAUUAGGCUUUCCUUAAUAUUGUCCACAUGAAAAUAUAGUAUUGCAACAUUUUAAUUCUAAGAAUAAUUAGAGUUGUGUAAAACAAGACAUAAGCACUAUGUCAAAUAAAUGCAAUGCUAUUUUGAAAAAGGAUAUUUCUAACAAACAACAGUCCUAUAUUCAACACUCUGCUAAAUUCAAUGAGAAUUAGUCUGGAAUAAAGAUUGCAGCCCUAAUGCAAUGGCUCUAAUUGGAAGAUGUUUUAAAAAAUCAAUACCAUACUGUCUCUUAAAGCUGCACAGUAAAAAUGCAAAGGAUUUUUUUUUUGCUUUUUGUUAAUUUAUGUGAAUUGAAAAGUUUAUAGUUUUCCUUCACUAGAUGACUGAUGAAAAAUGGGGGAGGGAGGGGAGGGAAAGUAGUCAUGAUCUUUAAAAAUGUGUGUUGGUGGACUAAGAUCACAAAUAGAUGCCACUUCUGCUCCAGAACAAAGUCAGGAAUCAUUCUCUUCCUUUGAGAAUUACAGUAUAGGCCUGAAUUUUUGUUAUGGCUUUUUACUAUCCCAUUUUGGUGAGUUUAAAGCUUGUUUCAGCUUCUCUUAAUUGUGUAGGACUCAUGCUUCACUCCAGGACUAGAUUCACCUCUUAUAAAAGUAUUCCAGAUAGGAGUAUGCCCCCCUACCCCCACACUUCUUGGGUAUAAAGUAUUCUAUUUUUAUCUGGUUGCUUUGUACUGUUUUUUGUAGCAAGGAUUUAAUAGUUAAUUCUUUUAGUGCAUUGUUUAAACUCUCACAGCAAUAAUCUCUUGCUUUCUAAAGAGCUAUUCUGGUAAUAAUAUUUAAUUUAUAUAAAUUACAAUUGCCACAGGGGCCCA